AUGCAUCAAGCAGUAGCGUUCCUUUUAGUGGUUGUAUUUAGCGUUUGCUGUAAUGCUGAUCCCUACAGUUACAACAGUUACUACAGCCCAUAUAAAAAUACAUAUUUUAAAAAUGGUUACAGUGACUACAGCGAUGGUUACUACGAUAGUGGGUACUCUCCUUAUGGAUAUCAGAAACAAUAUUAUCCCUCGGCAGGUUAUAUUGACCCCAUUGGCGGAAUAACUAAAACUAUUAGCAGUAGCUCUUUACAUCAGACGCAUCCAAGCUCUUAUGGUGGUUAUCAUGGGUAUGUAGGAGGUUAUGGCGCAGGAUAUGGCGGAGCUUAUAGCGGAUAUGGAGGGUAUGGAGGAAGCUAUGGAGGUUAUUCACCAAAAUAUGGUUCAACUUAUGGAAGUUCGCAUUAUUACAAGUAA